AUGAGCAAACAACAAACAAUUGAUGCAUUCUUUAAGAAAAAAGAUAUUAUUCAUUCACAACUUAGGACUUCUGUAGAAACAAAUGUUGAUACUUCAAUGCCUAACGAGCGUCCCUCCAAAUGUUCAAGAAUUGAAUCUAAAGGGAUAGACCGUGAUCCAGGAUCACGUAAACAAAUAUAUGAAUUCCCUGUCAAUGAACAAGAUGAAAUUCGACGUGCUUAUCUCAUAGCCGGUCCAUAUCAACCUAGAGACAUAAAGUAUCCAUACAAAGGACCGAAAAAUCAUCGCUGUAGUUUUCAAUCUUCGUGGUUUGAUUCACAUUCAAAUUGGUUGGAAUACUCACCUUUAAUAGAUUCAAUCUAUUGUCUACCUUGCUACCUUUUUCGUAAGAAACCAACAGGUCAUCCUGGAUCAGAUGCAUUCACUGAAAAAUGUUUUAAUAAUUGGAAAAAGGUGAAGGAUGGGAUGAAUUUUUCUUUAAUUGGUCAUGAGGGGAAAGAACCUAAUACACCACAUAAAAUUGCUGAGAAAUGUUGUGAGGAUUUAUUGAAUUAUUCAGGACAUAUUGACAAACUAGUUGAGAAACAAACAUCAAAAGAAAUGGAGAAUAAUCGAUUGCGGCUCAAGACCUCAAUAGAGUGUGCUCGAUGGCUAGCAUUCCAAGCUUGUGCUUUUAGAAGUCAUGAUGAAAGCCUUGAUUCAAAAAAUCAAGGUAACUUUAUUGAAUUGAUAAAACACACAUCAACUUUCAAUGAAAAUGUAGCUAGAGUUGUCUUGGAAAAUGCUCCACGUAAUGUCAAAUAUACGUCACCCACAAUUCAAAAUGAGAUUUUGCAUAUUCUAGCUAGUAAAGUGCGAAAUGCUAUUCGUGAAGAAAUUGGGGAUGCAAAAUUUUGCAUUCUAGUUGAUGAGGCUCGAGAUGAGUCGAAGAGAGAGCAAAUGGCCAUCAUUUUGAGGUUUGUUGAUAAAGAAGGUUUCAUUAGGGAGCGUUUCUUUCAUGUUGUGUAUGUUAGAGACACUACUGCAUUAACUUUAAAGAAUGAGAUAUGUGUUGUCCUUUCUCAUUACAACCUCUACAUUGAAAAUAUUCGAGGUCAAGGAUAUGAUGGGACUAGUAACAUGUGUGGUGAAUGGAAUGGAUUACAAACUCUUUUUCUAAAAGAUUGCCCAUAUGCUUAUUAUGUACAUUGCAUGGCUUAUAGGUUGCAAUUAGCUCUACUUACAGCAUCUAGAGAAGUAAAAGAUGUUCAUCAGUUCUUUGAUCAUUUGGUUAAUAUUAUCAAUAUUGUUGUUGGUUCUAGUAAGCAUAAUGAUGAAUUGCAACAUGCUCAAGCAGAACAAGUUGAGAAUAUGAUUGCUUCUAAUGAAAUUAAGACUGGAAGAGGUGCAAACCAGAUUGGUACUUUACAACGAGCUAGAGAUACUAGGUGA